UUCCAACUGAUUUUUAGGGAUGGCUGUAGACCAUUUAUUGAAGUAUACAUUGGCGAAGACAGAGUUUUCACUACUUCUCAGGAAUAUGAAAGAAUUAGACACUUUAAUCUUACAGACAGUGAAGUGAAUAUUCCCUUAAAAACUGUAGUUUCAGGUGAUAUAACAAUAGUAGCAUACCAUGCAAGAUCUACGUUUGGAGGGAAAGUGCAAGGAAAGGUGACUGCAAUUAAAAUCUUCCAGCUGCAACUAAAUACUAGUUUUAUAAAUCCAGGAGUGCAGUCUUUAUCAUUCAAUAGAAGUGAAUUAGAUGGUAUAGAGGAGAUUGAUAGAUACCCAGAUAAUUUUCAUAUUGUACUGGGUAUUGGAACGAUCGAGAAAAAUGCCCCUGACAUCUUGUCAAUUUGCAAUGAAAUCUCACAGCUGAAGCUAAAUCCUCGUUUAUUGUUUAACACUGAUGAAGAGCUAGAGACCUGUUUAUCCCAUUUUAAUAAGCCCAGUGAAUCUUUGAGUACAAAAGGAUUGGAGGCUACUCUUGAUUGGCAGGAAAAAGAAUCCUUUCUUGCACAAGAUGGUUCAGAGAGUGAUCAUUCCACGAGCCCGACUCCAACUCCAAGUACAAUUGAAGAUUUACAACGAAAUCCUUCACCUGUGCCUGAAAUUGAUCUGUUAAAUUUAAGCAAUAGCUGUGCUCCUCCUGUUCCUGAUCAUAUGGAGAAUAAGGCUGCACCCAUUAACCUCUUAGACAUUGAUUCUGAUAUCAGUCACUCUCCAAGCAAUUUUGAUCUCUUAAGUAAUCCUGGAACUGUUCCAUUAAUAGGUACAAAUAACAACGACUUGAACUACAGUGAUGGUUUUAAUGCAUUUACUGAUAAUUUAUCAUCUUCGAAAGUUACAGAUUCAUCUGAUCCUUUCUCCAUAUUGCAAGAUAAUAAUGCACAGUUUUCAAAUUCCAAACCUGUUGGAAAUACAGCUGAUCUGUUUGAUCUCUUGGGUUCAACUAAUGGAAGUGGAUUUGAUAAUCUAAAGACAAGUGUUAGUGCUAACAGUACUCCUCAGCAUAAACCUGGGAUGUCAUCUAGUGCAUCUGCAUUCAACAUGAGCGCUGCAGCAAAUCAAGAUUCUUCUCUAAUGGGUAGUUGGGAUUCUGUAUACCAGUCUGGAAGUACAACUAAUAAUACUCCAUUGGCAGCACCUAAUGUGAUGGGAGCUCAGAGUUUUCUUGGUCAGAGACUUAAUCCAGGGGGUAUACCACGUAAUGCAUCAACUCCCAACUUAGAAGCAUUAGCUAAAUCAGAUCCAUUUGCAGAUUUAGGUUCUUUGGGUAAAAUGAAAUUUGGAGCUGAAAACAGUCAACCAACUUUUGAGAAACCCGUAUCGAAUACUGGCAACCAAUUCCUAAAUACUAGUCCUCAACAUUUUCCUAGACCUCAGUCUUAUGGAGGCACAACUAAUUCGGCAUGGCAGGCAAAUGCUGCACCUCCUCCGCCCUCAAAGCCUGACUAUAAUCGAACUCAUUUUUCAAGUGUCUUUGGAGAAAGAGAUGGAGUUAAGAAGGGUGGAGCUCCAAAGCCUAAAUUGGGUGAAGAUGAAUUUAUGGAUUUGAUUGGUAAUCAAGGCUUUACAGGUUUUACUGCUAAAAAAAAUGAAGGUCCAAAAACAAUUGCUGAAAUGAGGAGAGAAGAACUUGCUAGAGAAAUGGAUCCUGAACGUUUAAAGAUUAUGGAUUGGACUUCUCACAAAGAACGAAAUAUCAGAGCACUUUUGUGUUCUUUACAUACGAUACUUUGGGAAGGAACUAGAUGGAAUGAAGUUGGCAUGCAUCAGUUAGUAACACCUGCAGAUGUGAAGAAGUUCUAUAAGAAAGCUUGCUUAGCAGUUCAUCCUGAUAAGCAAAUAGGUACUGAAAAUGAAAAUCUAGCAAAGUUAAUAUUUAUGGAAUUAAAUGAUGCUUGGAGUGAGUUUGAAAAACAAAAUAACCUUGCCUAGUCACACCUUUACACAAGUGCAUACUCUUCUCAUGGCCGUGAUGAAAUUUUGAGUAAAGUCUUUGCUAAGUGCAGUAUAGUAUGUGUAUACAUAUUAUAUGUGCUUUGUUACUGUUCACUAUUUACGUGUAUUAUAUUUAACUCAAAUUUGUAUAUUAUGGCAUUAAACUGUAGAUUGGAUGUACAUUAUGAAAUUUUCGUUGAAUUGAGAGACACCUUGUGUGGCCUUAUUUUUGGUGCAUGAAUGUCAAAUGAGAACCACAGUAGCUUGCAUAUGGAAGCAUAGCAUGUAAAAUUUAAAAAAAAAUAUAUUGUCAUUUGUACUAAAAGUUGUUGAAAUAAAAUCUGCAUAUAUCUGAAAUUUAUGCAGGCUGUUGUGGUUCUCAUCACUGAAGACUUCUGGUCUUUCGUAAUAGAGAUAUAUUUUUCAAAUCUGUAGAAUAUGUCUGUCAAAUCACCAGUAAAGCAACUAGCUUCAUUUGAUAUUCAUUGAAAGUUACAUGUGUCACUAUGCUAGUUGUAAAUUUUUUAUGCAUGUUUUUAUUGUUGCUUCUUAAAAUUCGUCCAUUAAUUUAUGUUGGGAGAUAAGCAAUUACAUUCUGAAGAGCUAUAAAACUGUUGUUGUUUCAUUAAAUUUGAUGUAUGGUUUUAGAUAAAAUCACCAAAGUUUCCGCUUGUUUGAUAGUCACAUUAAUAUACCUUCUCCUGACUUGAAGAGAAUUAUGAAUAUUGCAUUUAAAUUAAUUUUUUAGCAUUAAAUAGGAAAAGAGUUGGAUGCCAUUGCCUAAAUGUGGUGAUCAAACAGGUUCAUAUUUUUUUUUCUCAUUUAUUUCAAUGUGUGGUAAAUGUAAAUGUGCCAAAUAUAUGCAAUUUUGAUGUUUUUGAUUAUAUAUGUUAAAUAUAAUCUCCAUUUUGAAUUUAAUCAUGAGAACAGAUUAUUAUAAAAUGAAAUCAUUAACUUAAUUUUUACAUUUCCUUAUGUUGGAACUUUAAAAAAUUACAAUUUAACUUAAAAUGUAAUAAUUUAAAAUAUAAGAAAUAGUAACGUUUUGAGUUCAUGAAAAAAGAUAAAAUAUUUUCAAAAUUUUAUUUUUUUAAUUGACAGUACUUAGAGUACUUUAAACAAUUAUGAAUGUUUGGAUCUCUUUGUAUGCAGUAUAGAACUUAAUUCCUUUUUAGUUGUGUACUGGUCACUUUUAUUGACUUUAUGUUUGAUCCAUUUAUGUGUAUCAGAUAGUUGGAUAUAAAUGUGUAUUUUCAUUAUAUAUAGACAUCUUUUGUAAUUAUUUUUUAUGUAAAGUCAAUGAAGUUUCUUGUAUCUCUUAAACAUUCCUGAUUAAUUUAUCUAUUUAUGUGUACAUAUUUAUGUGUCUGAAAUUUGAGGGCAUAUUUGAGUUUUAUUGUUUUAAAGUAAGUUCCGAUAAAUGUGCUUUAGAACAAUGUAGGAUUUAUUUUUUUAUUCACCUUUUCUUGUAAUGUUUAUUUAUUAAAAGCAAAUCAUGGAAGUUUUUCCUCCCUUCUCAAAAUUCUUUACAGUUAAUGUGAUUUUUAAUUUUUUAAAUAUAUUUUGACUGUGAUGAAACAAGUUAUUAUCUACAAAGUAUGAUUUAUGUUACAUUUUGUUUGAUAAUGAAAAUGCCAAUCUUGUUAUUGUUAAUUAUUAUAGAUUUCAUAGCCAGAAUUCGUGUUAGAAAUAGAAAAUUCUGAGCUAAUUUACUCAUAUUUCCUUACAAAUGGCUUUGGCCAUUUUCAUACAAAUAUGCUUCAUGGUUUCUUUUUUAAUGUCGUAAAAUAAUAUGCAGUAAAAAUUGCUAAGCAAACUUGCAGAAAACUUAAUGGUGGUCCAUUGGCCUAUUAAUCUUCUACACAGGAAUACGUCCAACAAAAAUAUAGACAGAUUAUUCAUCAAACACAUAGCCCUUAGUUCAGAAAUGUUUAUUUCUAACACUAUUCUAUUCUAAUUUUUAUUUUUAUUUAUAUUAUUUUUUUUUUUUUUACUUUUAAUAUAGAAUUUUGAUGGAGUAUUAUUGGCUAUAGCUCCUUUAUUAUUUACAUUUGUAAAUAAAAGUUUGUGUUAUCACAUUCCAUUGUUAAAAGUGCAUUAUCUUUAAAAUUAGAGUGUGGUUCCCUCUAUAUUUGUGAAAUAUUUUACAAAAUAAAUUCUGUGUAGGGUAAGUAGUAAUAGAUCUGGAAUACAUUUUUUCUUUUCCUCAUUGCCUUCUGGAUGUCUUACAACAGGUUUAAAAUGGUGUGGUCUGUUGUUGUAAUUAAAGUACUUGAUCAUCUUUUAACCUUUUAUUUUGACCCACAAUCUUUCUCUUAUGAUCAGGAAGUAGUCAAAUUUAAAAUUCAUUGUAUGAGGCUAGAUUAACUAUGUUCGAAUCAUAUGAUGUUAAACUGCAUUUCUGUACAUACAUAUGUGAUGAACUGCUAUCAUUCUGUAGAGAAUAAAAAUAUUCCACAAGUAAUGUACUUUUAUUUAUUUAUAUAUAUAUAUAUAUUUAAAAUACAUUAUGCAGCAAAUUCCAGAAAUAAGUAGUGUUGAUGAAUUGUUGAUAUUUAUAAUUAGUAGUAAGCUGUAGUUAAUAUGUUAAAUUUGUCUGUAAUUUUAAAGUCCAUUAUUCUUUUUGUUUCAUUGUUUAUUUAUUUCAAAAAAGCCUAUAUUUUGUGUGUUAUAUUCAUUUUAUAUAAAAACAUGAAAUAAAAUAAUUUAUAUUAUUUAAUUGGCUUUAAUAGGAAAGCUGCAUAGCAAAAUUCAUUAUGGUAUAAAUCAUUGUGGAGACUAUUUCUAUUAAUAGUGCAAAAGUUUUAACAUGUUUUCAGCUCAAUUAACAAUAUUUUUUUCAAAAAGAUCUUGUUUGACUGUGUAACAUAUUUCAGAUUUAAUGAUUAUCUCCUUAAAUCAGAAAUAUUUGAGAGAAUCUAAUCCAAAAGCCUACGUGAAAACCAUUUUGAAAAAUUAUUGCUUAACUUAGAACAGGUUAGGAACACGGUACGUGGGGGCACCAAGGUACAUAAUGCAAUUUUAAAAUGCUCACCAUUUAACAAGCAGUCAUCAUUGUAAUGAAUAAUUUCGGGAAAAAAUUCUUAUUUUAUUUUUUAUUUUAACAGUUGUACAAAUAAACUUUUCACAAAAAACGAAUAUUGGUCACAUCUAGAUAACACAUAUACAGUGAACUAUUUUCUGUUCUGUUUAUCAUCAUAUAUGCUGUUUAACCAAGCAUUUUACAUCCAUAACCUGUGUUUGUAAACUUGUCAUUUCAUGAAUUUGUAUUUAUAGUUGUCAACAGAGUAUGUAUUCUUCUCUUCAGAUUAAAAGAAAAAGAUAUGACAGCA